AUGCCAGGAGUGCCUGGAAUUCCUGGACUAUCGGGAGCUUCUUGCGAGUUAGGGCAAAUAGAGUACGGUGAACCAGGUGUCAUUGGCGAACCUGGGCCCCAGGGACCACGAGGACCUCCAGGACGACCGGGAAUCGAUGGAAACAUCGGUGAGCGUUGCAUUGAUGGUUAUUUCAAUUUGGAGGGUUUUAUAGACCUGGAAGGACAGAUCAUCGACUGA